AUGAAAUGGAACGGGAUAAAGCAUAACAUGAAGACAUAUUCAAUGUUGAUUAACGGAUUUAUAAAGCUAAAAGACUGGGCUAAUGCAUUUGCAAUAUUUGAUGAAAUACUGGUGCCAGGGAUUACACCAAAUGAGCAUACAUAUACAACAAUCAUGCAUGGUUAUGCAUCAUUAGGUGACACUGGAAAAGCAUUUGAGUAUUUCUCUAUACUUAAAAAUGAAGGAUUGGAUGUUGAUGUGUUCACAUAUGAGGCUUUACGUAAAGCUUGUUGUAAAGCUGGAAGGAUGCAAAGUGCUUUAGCAGUUACUAAAGAAAUGCAUUCCCGAAAAAUCCCAAGAAAUACUAUUGUUUACAACAUACUUAUAGAUGGAUGGGCUAAAAGGGGAGAUGUUUGGGAAGCAGCUGAUUUAAUGCAACAAAUGAAGCAAGAAGGGGUUCAACCUGAUAUCUGGACUUACACAUCUUUCAUCAAUGUUUGUUGUAAAGCUGGAGAUAUGCUUAGAGCAGGGAAAACAAUGAAGGAAAUGGAGGCAGUGGGAUGGAACCCUAAUUUGAAAACCUACACAACCCUAAUCCAUGGGUGGGCCCGGGCUUCACUUCCUGAAAAAGCUUUAAAGUGCUUUGAGGAUAUGAAAUCUGCGGGAUUAAAACCUGAUGGAGUUGUCUACCAUUGUUUGAUGAGAUCGUUGUUAUCAAGAGCUUCAGUAGCAGCUGAAGACUAUAUUUACUCGGGUGUUCAACACAUCUGUGCUGAAAUGGUGGAAUCGGGUUUAACGGUUGAUAUGGGGACAGCUGUCCACUGGGCCCGCUGUUUAAGGAAGAUUGAAAGAGGUGGUGGUGAUAUCAUGAAGCACUUCAGAAGACGUUCCUGCCUGAUUGGAAUGCUUGAUGAAAUUUAUGGGGUGGAGGUUAGUGGUGAUGAUGAUGAUGAUGAUGAUGGGGAUUUUGAUUGA